UCCCAUUGGUGAGCCCGGGGAGGUGUAUACGCGGACACCCUGUAUGUUUAUUGAGUACAUGGGUGAACCUGAGAGAACAAGAUCGGUAAAGGAUGAAAACGGUUGGUACAGAACUGGAGAUGUUGCGAGAAUGGAUCAAAAUGGUUUCCUUUAUUUCAUUGGCCGAAAAGCUGAUAACAUAAGAUUCAAGAGGUUUGCCGAUAUUAUCUACCCAGGCGUGAUUGAGUCCGCAGCUCUAAAGCACAACAAAAUAGCAGAGGCACAGUGUGUGGGUAUUAAGAACGUAAACGAUUGUGUAGGAGAUGACAUCUUUCUCUGUAUUAUUCUCAAACCAGGUGAGAAUAUGAAAGACGAUGAAUUAAAAGAGCAUUGUCGCGUGGAACUAAUAGAGCGAGACCAGCCAGACCACAUCUUCAUCAUGGAUGCUUUCCCGCGUAUUGGAGUUAGGAAGAAGGUAUCUAAGCCUAAAUUGAGGGAGAUAUGUCAGAAGUUGAUUUUGGAACAAAUUGAUAGUAAAUAGAGAUUCACAAAACGUCCAUUAAUGUUACAAGAAAAUCUGUUACUGAACAGAAUAUAGCUAUAAUACCAUGAUGUCCUGGAUAUCCUCGCGGUAAUAAUGUAAAGCCAAUAUAUUAGAUCUAUGGUUACAUUAUAUUGUAUUGAACUUGAUAGCAAUAAAAGGCUAGGGUGAAUCUAGAAUGAAGAAAAGCCUCUUCGAAUUUUAAAAAGUACAACAAAUGUACACUCCCCUCCAUAAGUUUGGCAACCUUAGCUCCCCCAUUGAACUACGUGUUAAAGCCUCUUUACGUUUGAAUUUUUAUGCACUUAACCUGC